AUGCGUGAAGGCAAUGCUUUGCUUGAGGCCUUAGUAAGUCAAUGCAAGCGAUACAAGGGCGGCCUUUUCAUUCACUUGCCAUGGGAAGUAGGCGUCUCGGGACCAUGUGCAGCUGUGAAGCCUGUGGAAUUGGCAUGCUGUCGUAACAUCGCACAUAUUGCCAAGAUAACGCUAAGCCCGUUCCGGACUGGGGAUGCUGCUUUGAGUGAAACUUUGCAGACACCUUCACGUUCCAUCGACACACAUCCAUCCUCUCCUUCCAUACGGUACAGCCUAUUCAUCUCCACACGAUAUACGCAGAGAAUACAAGAUGACAUCCGGCUACAGCAGUGGGAAUCAUCGUCAUGGCUUGGCAGCAAAACAGCUUUCUACACAGAGUCUCUACGCGCCAUGUUCAAAACACUGAGCAUUCUUGAAAGUAUCACGCUCGGCGGCUGUGAUGGUGCAGAAGGCAAUAUCCAUGGCGCGAGCACCUGUGGCCUGGGUCUCACCAUCGAGCAGGAUCAAGCAGCAUUCAAAGACUAUAAGACCGAGCAAGGCGUAACGAAGGAGAGAAAGCACUUGCACGAGAUGAUACAGCCAGUGAUUGAGGAGGUCUGGGACUUCCACCAGGAACCAUCAAGCCUUCUGUGGCCCACACGUCAAGGAGGUCAUCCAAGAACGGUCACAGAAUCCCGGGAUUGCAACGCCAUCUCCGCAGGUGACUUUCAGCAUCAUCUGAACCCAAACCAGGUCGGUGAACGACGGCGACUACGGCUAGCCUCACCUCCUCACCUCAACCUCCUCACCUCUCCGCACCCUAUCCCAUCCAUCUACAUCCAACCAACAACUCCGCUCCGCUCCGUUCCGCUCCUCUCCACCCCAUCCCCUAGUCCUCUAGUGACCCUCCCCAACCUCAUUCCACGACUUAACCGUCCUACAGGUAGUCGCCGGCCCACCAGCCUCGGUAAUCGCCCUCUCAAAGUAACUAUCCAAAUAAUGAAGACGUGCCAUGAACGUAAUCCACCAAUCACAACCAUUUCCCGUACCGGUUUUGAUAUCCCUGACUCUCAACCUAUUGUCGUUGAUUUCCCUGAGCACGUCGAUUCCUCCAUGGCCCCAGCUGUUGUCGCCGCAGAUGCGGAACUUGUUCUUGGCGUGACCCCAGUCGUAUUUUUUGCUGCAGAUGUUGUUGGUGGUGGAGUGGCCUUGCUCUUGCUCCUCGAUGAUGACGGUGGUGGGGGGAUUGUCCUCGGUAGUGGCCAAGGCUUGGCAGACGAGGAGGAGUGGUGCGAUGAGGGUUUGAUUGUGGUGUGGGAGAUUUAG